AUGGCGGCCGAUGGGUCGUCAUUUUUUCGCCACUUGCAAUGCCGAGAUCUGCAUCAAUACCUCGGGAGUUUACCUUCUGGGAUAUUGGAUAGGUUAUAUAAUCACCCAUCAAUUUGUUUGGCAGUGUUCAGGUAAUAUAUCCCAUUUUAAUGCUUGUCAGUUUUCUUAAAAAUACUUUCGCGUGCUUCUCGGCGCGUGCUCCACUUGCAACGCAAGUGUAGCUUUUACGUAAGGACACUUUAAAAAGGAACACAUAUUGCUUUUAGAUUGACGUCACUUUCCUUUUUCCUACGGUAGGAAGGAACAGAGAACGUCAAUUCGAAAGUUGUUUCUGUGGAAAAUGUGGAUUGUGGACUUGCAUAAACAUAAAAUUGAUCAGCAUCUUAUUAUUUCUAUUUCAAAAAGCACUGCUGAAUCAACACAAAGCUAAGUUCACUGAAGCCCAGUCCAAACGUCGAACUUUUCAUUUACCAAACCUAAUCCCUUCAAAUUAUAUGAUGCACCUAUCAAUGUAAAUCCCGUGAGGGGGUGUGGGCAAGGGGCGGGGAUUUGAUGCCUGAGACUAUCCCCCUGUCAGGCUUUUGAUCGUGCGAAGCGACCCCGGGGUCGGGACAUUUGAUCAUAACAUCAGGCGACCUUGCCACUCUCAGAAAACCUCACUGGAUUGUUGGUUCGUAAAACAAUAAACAAAACAAAGGUGACAGUGGAACCUAGCCUCAAAAUAAAAGAGCUGUGACCCAUAGGGUCUAAUUAAAUUAGAGGUUCUGAGGAUUUGCAAGGCUACUGAUAACAUCAAGUGAGCUCGGCCAUAAUAUGUGUAAUAAUAAUCAUCUCGUGUGUAAAGUGAAACAGUUAUUUUUUUAUCUUUUCAAGGGAAUUACCAGAGCUUGCUAAACAGUUUGUGAUGAGGACAUUGUUUGCAGAUCAGCCAGUGCCUGAAACUUUGGUUGCUGCAUGGGUGAAAAGUGAUCACCAGAAGUAAGAUAUUCAUGCUAAUGGGCAAUAACUUGUUUUCAAUUUGUUUGUAGUGAAACCCCUCCUUUGACGUUACCAUCAUGUUGGUUUUGUUGAAGGUAAAAUCCACUCUCUUGUUAAACCGGUAUUCAGCCUUCUUUGAUUCAAACUUUCCUUAGCUUUCUAGCCCUAAUUAUAUGUAGGAAACAAAGGAUAUUUUGUUUUAAGCUGGGAAUAGAUGUUACCGGGUGCUACUUUUAUGCUCAUGUCAUAACAAUUAUACUUAUUUUGAUGAUGACUUCCUUUGUGAAUUCUCGAAAUAUUAUUCUUAAUGACUUUGAGUUAGCAUUAUAUUAAUAAUAUGAACAGCAAAAUGUACCUCGUUCUAUCUCUUGCUUGUGCUGAUGAUCCUAGAUAAAGCUAGAAAUAAUAAUAAUAAUUUACUAACCUAGGUUGAUUCCUUUGUUUCCUAGUCCUAAUUUAUGAAUAAUUAGGGCUAAGACACAAAGGAAAAUGAGACUAAACCUAGGUUGAAAAAUUUUAACCAGAAUUUAAUUUUGACCUGUCAUAUAUGUAUUUGUACAUAUAGAGUGUACAUACAUCGUAGUAGAAGCAGUUCUUUCUCAAACAAUGCAUGUGUCCUUAAUUGCAGGCAUUAUAUAGGAUCUGUAAAUCGACUAAAAGCUCUUAGAAUAUGGAGAGAAUCAAGUGGUGGGACCACAAACAGGCUUGAGAUGAAUGCAAUUUUCCGUACCAACCUCAAGAUUGCACUUUGUGGAGGGUAGGUUAAGAGCACUAAACUUUUGUGUGAAAAAAAUUACCAUUAAGGCUGUGCUCAGAGAAAAGCGAUCUUCAUGCUCUGGACCUGUGAAAUCCAGGGUGCCCAGCAAAGGAUUAAAUCCGAGGAAAUUUUAGGUUUUUCAUAGAAAUAUUCUACAAAAAAUCUAACAUUUCCUAGUCACUCAAGAGCAAAUAAAGAGUAAGGCACCAGCAGCCACUAGAGCCAAGCGCUGACCAUAUAAACUGACUCAGGAUAUUGACACAUGGUACUUGUUAUUUAGUAAUUUAGGAGCACUAAAGCAAUUAGGAGUAUAUUGGAACAUUGUGCAUUUAUAUCAGUUAGUCCUUCGCCAAUAAAGAGUAAAGUUUGUCUCAAACGAAGAUUUAAUGAGAAGGAUCAAACGAGAGCAUGUGGAGUUAAUAAAACAGAGAGAAGUGCGCAUGCACGUGCAAGAUACUGCUAACUGAAAGGUGACACCAACAGAGUGGCGCUUAUUAAAUUUUUAUAGAUUCUUAAAUUAAGAACAAACUGGCAUGGUGUUGUUUUUUUUUCAUUUGAUUUUAGAGGAAAUCCAUGGAUAGGCUCAGGUGAUCAGCCAGAACGGGACAAGCACGCACGAGACAUUCCAUUCCUCGAUAAAUACAGCAUGGAAAGAUGGGAGGUACAAUUUUCACUUUUAUUUUGACAACUGCAAGACAAUACAACUAUAUAGUUUGAUCCACCUUCUGAACAACUGAGAUUAGAUAACAGACCAAUAACUAUCCACUGGAUAACAUAACUGGAUUUAGCCUGCGCGCAGACGAAAUUAAACUCUGGUUAACUCCGUCUGCGAAACAGCGCAGAAAUCCUUGUUCUGGACUUCCAGCUGUGUACCCAGAUUUGAGUACGCGCCACGAUUGACCAGUUAAAAAAGGCCUUUGUUUUGUUUGUCGUGAUCGCCAAUCAGGUUGAAGGGGAAUUCGAAACGCACUUCCGGUAAUUCGUUGAGUCCGUUGGGGGUCCAGAACAAGGAUGUCUGCGCUGCUUCGCAGACGGUACUAAUCAGAGUUUAGUUAUCGUCUGCACGCAGGCUAAAUUGGAUUUUGAAAUACUUGUCCACUGGAUAGCGAUUUAUCUGGUGUUUAGCACUAUCUAAUUUUUAAGCAACCGGAGCCUGGCCCAGUGCAAUGGACCUGUGGCUUGUGUAGUCUAGAGUUUGUUUGACCACUCAUUGAUCUUGACAGAACUGUAUGAUAUAUUAUAAGCUUAUUGUCUGAUGAAUGAAAAACCUGGGACCCUUAUUUUUAACUUCAUCUUUUUCGAGCCUCCACAUUCAUUUCGAUUCUUUGUUCAGCGUGUAGCUAGUCGAGAAAAAAAAAUUGUACUGUAACAUUUUUAUCUGUUAAGUUGCCAAAUUGCAACGGCUAUGAGUUAAAGCUCUUACAUAUAGAAAUUUCUUCACUGAUUUGCAUCUCAUGCAUACCGAGAAACCACCCAAUUUUACAGUGACCUCUUUUAUUCUCUUUAUCCCUCUGGAAUAUUGAGCAAAUUGAGUCCACCGUGUUUAUUUUCUAUUUUAUGAGUUGUAUCACUUUAAUGAGUGCACUUUUUUCCUUCUUGAGGCUGUUCUUCAUUUCAUGACUGGUUGUACAGCGACAGAGGAGAGUGCUGUAGUCAGUCAGGAUGUGGUCAAAGUCUUGGUUUUAUCAGGUCUCAUGAAGUGGUAAGUGCAUACUGCUGGAUUUUUUUGUUGCUUCUCAGCUAGACUGUUCACAGUCCCAUAUUUUUCCUUAAGAUCGUAGGGAUCCAGCUCUUACACUUACAAGUAAAGCCCUCUUAGGGGGGUUACAUACCGUAAAAUUCCGAAAAUAUGUCCCAGGGCUUAUAUUUUUCAACAGCCCUUUUUGAUGGGACUUAUUUUUGGAGGGGUUUAUAUUCGGAGGGGCUUAUCUAUGGAGGGAAGUUUGUGUUUCAAAAUCGAUUGUGCUAGCCUUAUAGUUGGAAGUAAAUUGACUGUUUUUGCCUUAUUUUAGUUUGUAUUUGAGGGCAAUUUCCAAGUACAAGCCCUCGGUGGGGGCUUAUAUUCGGAGGGGCGAUUUAACAGAGGGUUUUUUGCAUUACGAGUUUGAGGGGCUUAUACAUAGAGGGGCUUAUUUUCGGAAUUUUACGGUAUGUCCUUAGUCUGAUUUUCAAAAACCUGUUGUUUCGUGUAUUGAGGAAGAAGCCAUGUAGCUGUCAGUGUUUAUUAUUGUAUUUGGGCUUUUCUCUGUCGCUGUUGCAGUUUCAACUCAUCUUUGUGUCAUUUGUUGCCAUUUCUGCUGUCAUAUGUCACUGUUUCAAGGCCAUGUUGCUUGUUGGAAUUUACCUUAACAAGGCCUUACAGCAGCCAUCUUGGUUUCAAAUGCACCAAGUCUAGUGUGGGGAUGAGUAUCAAAUCUAGUUAGAGGUUGGGGACGGUUCGGAGGGAGGCAAAAAAAAUUCUAGCCUCCUCCUCCAUCCACAACUGUUAAUAUAAUAAUAUACAAUAAUAUACAAUAUUUAUAGAGCGCUAAUUCCCAAUGGUCCAAAAGCGCUUUACAUAAUAAAAAUAACAACAAAAUCCUAAACCUACAAAACUACAAAACUACAUUGUCAUCCUAUAAGAAUUCCCAAUGGUCCAAAAGCACUUUACAUAAUAAAAAUAACAACAAAAUCCUAAACCUACAAAACUACAUUGUCAUCCUAUAAAAACAUCAUCAUUCUAUACGACAACAACGUUGCUUCACUUGUAUAAUUCGGAGUUAUCUAGUGUUUUGGAUAAGCAUGCGCCAUUGAAAUCGCGCAUGGUUACCAUACAUCCCGCUGCUCCAUGGUUUAGUGAGGAGAUUAAACUGGAGAGAUGUCUGCUGUCAUAUAACUGUUAUCAGACGUCUGAUGUCUAAUAUCAGACGUCUGAUAUUACAUCAGAUAUAACAUAACAUAUUACAUCAGACGUCUGAUAACAGUUAUAUGACAGCAGACAUCUGACAUCAGACGUCUGCUGUCAUAUAGCUGUUAUCAGAGGUCUGACAUCAUAUAACUGUUACCAGACGUUAUCAGACGUCUGGUAACAGUUAUAUAACGUAAUAUAACAUCAGACGUCUCAUAACAGUCUUUUGACAGCAGAUGUCUGACAUCAAACGUCUGCUGUCAUAUAACUGUUAUCUGACCUCUCUUAUAUAACUGUUAUCAGACAUGUAAUGUCUAUUAUCAGACGUCUGAUAACAGUGAUAUGAUGUCAGACGUCUGUUAACCCUGGGGCCCCACUCUCUCAGUACAUUUGAAACCAACCUGGCUGCCUGUAAUGGCAAAGUGCUCAAUCUGGGAAAUCUUUCAGAAAAAUAGUGGACUGUGAAAAGUCUACAUGCAAACUCAACUGAAUGUAUUCUUUGAAGUCUCAAACACUUUUGCUUACCAACCAAAUGACCAAACCACAAUAAGCUGUAGCUUACGAUGCAUUUUUUGUUGUAAAUUAUUUUUCUUCAGUGAAACACCUGGUAGUAGGCCUGUCAUAAGUCCAGCAGGAUUUCAGUUCUUGUUGAUGGACACUGCCUCUCAAGUUUGGUAUUUCAUACUUCAAUACCUUGAGACAGUUGAGGUACAAACAUCAUUGUUGUUAGUUGAAACUUUGCUAGUUUCAUUUUUGGUUCCUUUUUAGGAGAAAAAGGUGUUAAAUGUUAUGGUAAUUCAUCUUUAACAUCAUUGUCAAGGACAAAGGACUUGGAUCUCUAAUUCAACCCUGUCUUCUUACCAAUUUCAGGGCCGCGGCAUGGAUCUUGUGGAGUGUCUUUCAUUUUUGUUCCAGAUCAGCUUUGCUACCCUAGGAAAGGUAUUAUUAUAAAUUAUUAUAUAGACACGGGUGUUUUACUGGAAAAUAUACCACUCGUAAAAUUCAUAAAAACUACAUCCGGGACCCGAGUGGUUUAUUUUCCAUAAUCUCACAUGUGAGUUUAUCGAUGACGUAAUUUCGGUAAUUUCCUCCAAAAUUUGUAGGCGUCUUGGGUCCUUUGAAUUUUAAUUACACAUUUUUCAAAGCUUUGCUUAUAUUUUGUCAUUGUAGAGCUUUAUUCAGCUCAGUGUUAUUUCUCAAGAUUAUUGUAAACAAUGUCUUGUAUUGCUGUACUGUAAAUUUGAGCCAUCACAAUUACUUUUUGGUGAAUGAAAAUCUAUUAUUUUAUCGAUGUCUUUUUGUCUAUAUAAUAAAAAGAACAUUACACGGCGGCUUGAAGAGAUGAAUUUUAUUUUCUCAUGGCAAACUCUCAUUAGAUAUGGUUUGCUUAAAAAACACAUACUGAGAUAAUUUAUAUUUUACAUGAUUGUAUUGACUGCAAGCAGACACAGUAAAAUGUUCCAAAAUGCAAAUGAGUGGGCAUAUCCCUGAAAAAAUGUCAUUGGCAUGGUUAAAGUUCAUCCUGGCAUCAUUAGUUUUAUUUUUCACAUUUAUAACUGUUUUAUUUACAAAAUUUGCUUAUGCAAUCAUGUAUAUCUAAGUGAAAGCUUGGUUUUAUUUGUCAUAAAGGACUAUUCCACAGAUGGAAUGAGCGAGUCUCAAUCCAAGUUUCUUCAGCAUCUUAGAGAGUUUGGUCUGGUGUUUCAAAGAAAGGUAAUUCAUACUUUUGGUUGUGUGUGUAGCAAUUGCUUUCUGUACUCUCAUCAAAAGCACAUGAAUUAAUCAUGGAUCUUUAUAAAUAAGAUUAACUAAUUUACAAAAAUAUUGUCUUUCAGCGAAAAUCCAAACGGUACUACCCUACAAGACUAGCAAUCAACCUGGCAUCUGCUGGAAUAGGUAAAACUUUACCUUGAAAUUCAUAGAGUGGCCACCAUCCCGCAAAUAGCUUCAUUUGACAACUAGCUAGGGGAGAAAAAUUUUGACCAAUUAAUAAAGUGUAGCUCUUGUUCUUCAAGUACAAAAUUUAUAGCAUUGUACAUUGUGUAAGAAUGUGAUAAUUUGUUCUUUUGCAGUAUGUAUAAACACAUUGCAUGCUCACAUGUCCAUUUGUCCGAUUAUUUUGUCAUUUGCCACAUUAAUAUUAUUAUAGUUACAUCAUAUGUUCAAAGAAAAGUGCCAAAGGGUCCUUUAAAAACAACCAGGCAUAUGAAAGUGAAGCCUUCUACUUUAAGUUGAUGGUAAUAUUUAUAAAACAGUAACAGUAACAUUCAUCUAUUGGUUAGUGGGUAAUGUGUUAACAAAGUUGGUAUGGUGGUAAAAUUUCCAAUGAGAUUUUUCCUUCUGAAUGAAAAGAGACUGUCUGACUUUGUGAUGGAAAAUGGAAGAUCAUUUUAUUUGCUUGUUUCCUCAAUUUCAUACCAGGGGAUGUCACUCCCCCCCCCCCUAUUUGUAGACCAAACUGAGUCCCGCCCUCCCCUAUCUCAGGGUCUGGAGGCCAGCCCCACCCCCCUCCUUAUCUGACGGUCUGGAUCCGCUACUGAAUAGAGAACAGUAAACUGCUUUAUUUUAUGUGGCACCCAGCCAAUCUAUGGUUAGGUUUUACCACUGUUUGCUAGGCUAAAAAAUCAUAAGAGUUUUUCCUUUUUUGUUUUUAGUAUGUAGUGUAUAGUUUGAUUCUUUUGCUGAUUUAAUGUAAUCUGACUGUGUUUUAGGAAGCACGGCCGUCACCAACACAGAUGAAAAGGGGUUCAUUGUUGUGGAGACAAACUAUCGUGUUUACGCUUAUACAGGUACACUGUAUGUAGACUCAAUGACAUCUGCCAGGAGAAUCGUAGUACACUGAUAGUUCCAAAGUCUUUUUUGUUAGCACAAACUGCACAUUCUAUGCUAAAAAGAAUACCAUCUUAGUUAAAGCAGAUAAUAUGUACCUAUCUUAAUCUAGGUAAGAUAGAGACCAGUAAAUUGCCACCAGGAAAUGGACUUUUGAGUAUCAUUAACAGCCAAACUUCAGAACAAAAGCUGUAAAAGUCUAAAGACCACCUGUGUGAUGAUCCAGUUAUACAUGUACCUGAACAUUGGAUAGCACCUGAAACCUAGUUUUUAUGGAAAUUUGAUUGAUUUCUUAUUUGUUGUACUUGACGAAUUGUUUUUCACCCUAUGUGUGUAUACUAACAUGUAUUCUACUUAGGGUCCACCCUCCAGGUUGCCCUUGUGGGAUUAUUUGCAGAAAUAAUUUGUAGGUAUGGAUGUGAUUAUGUGUUGUUUAUAAUUCAAAAAAUGUAAUAUUCUUGCUGUAAAUAUACUGAAAUUUCUCAGCUUAUAUGUAUUGUCUUUGGUCUGUUGUAGGUUUCCUAAUUUCUGUGUGGGCGUGCUGACGAGGGAUAGUGUUCAACAGGUAUUUUACUUGAAUUUGAUCAAUCUUGUAGGUUCUGAUGGUAAUUUUCACUGCUGUUCAGCUGAAACAAUGGAAACGAGCCUAUAUGCAGACUGAUCCACUUCUAUCCGAGCUACUGACCUGAUCAUUUUACAGAUUACCCAUCAUUGCAUUGAAGGUGUUUUCAUAUGAUCAUAUGGAUUAUCGAUUGUCUGAUGACUUGGGCAAUCAAGGAGAUUUAGAUGAUUUUAUUUAAAAAAUGAGACCAAAAAUGACAGCUGUCUUGACAUAGAAUAAACAGUUUAAAAAGUCACCCACCUUGUCCCCAAGGAAUCUCAACAACCGCACUUGGGACAUGGAGAAACAUCUGGGAAGACUCUGGGUUCGGAUAAUCAUAAAUGAACCCACCGAGCCUUGCCCUGGGUGCUAGAGACUUUUCUAGCGCGGUUUCCGAUUCUGUCAAGUCUUUAUAGUCUGAAGAUGUGUCGGCCUUCGGCCAACACUCAAAAUUCCCGCCUCAUGCAAGAAAAACCUCUGCUACCCAGGGUAACUGAGCCUUAAUGAUAAUAAAAAGAUUAUUUGUGCCUAUCCAUGACUGUUAGUGUCUCUUGGUCAGUUGGUCAGGAGAGUGGCUUAAUUUCUCAAUAUGCUGUUUGCGUGUAAUCUGCUAGUCAGUCAGUCUUCAUUUUGCCAUGUAAACAUACGUUGUGAAACUUCCUUCAGUCGUUUUGAUGCCUUCAGUCGUUCCUUCAGUCGUUUUGAAUUUUUAUGUGUCGGCCUUCCGCCAACACUGAAAAUUCCCCCCUCAUGUGAGAAAAACCUCUGGUACCCAGGGUAACUGAGCCUUGAUGAUAGUAAAACAAAUUAAUUGUGCCUAUCCGUGAUGGCAAGCGUCUCAGGACUGUAGCUUAAUUUCUCAACAUGCUAUCUGCGUGUAAUCUGUUAGUCAGUCAGUCUUCAUCUUACCAUGUAAAACAUACAUUGUGAAACUUCCUUCAGUCGUUUUCAGUAAAGAAGGGUUCAGCUCUCUCACUUCCAGUUUUGUUUUCAUUUGGGUUUGUUUUUAGGGAAUAUACCUGGCUUUUUAUUCUAGAAAUUAAACACGAGUCCAACUGACUCUCCUUUAUUAUAUGUUUCGCAGGCAUUAGCAAGUGGCAUAUCUGCUGAGCAGGUAACUUGAAUCAAAUUUCUUCUUUGAUUCCUAGCCACACUGGUGGGAGGCAAGUGCUCUCUCCACUGCACCACACCACUGGGGGGAGGGGGGCAACUUCCUUAUAAGAGGCUAAUGGGAAUGUGCCGCUAGAUGGGGUCACAUUUUCAUGACUGAAUUGACUAUAAUGUAAUGGGUUCACGUUUUCAGAAGUUACUAGAAUGGGGUCGCACAUUUUCCAAUUUUAGGGGUAAGACAGUUCUUCAUAUUACGGUUAGCAAACGUACCAGAAUGUUCGUACAGUAGGUGAAAAGUAAAGAGUUCUUCAUUCAAUAUAAGGUAGGGACAUAAGUAGAAAGUGACUAAGUUGGGAUCGCAAAAACUACAUAUUUGCCCAAAAGUGACUAAGAUGGGGUAUAUAAUUGGCCACAGAAUAGACUAUAAUGGGGUAGGGGCUCUGAGAGGCCAGCAGCACAUACCCAGCAAAAAUUAACCCAAGCUCUCCGCCCCCCCCCUGCACCACAUCACCCUUGCUACCCAUGUUUCUGUCCAUAAUAGAACAGAACCUUAACCCUCUAAGCCCCAAUGUCCAAGUACAAAUUCUCUACACUCGUGUGCAUACAUUGUUUAAUAGAAUUAGUUGAGAGAACUUGAUAAAAGAACAAAGCAUCUCUUCUUUGUUCAUCAUUUUGUUAAUUCUCCUAACCUUUUCUCUUGGUGAUGUAUUGAUAUAGUUGGGAGAAAAUUGAUGUUGGUCACUCUUCAGACUUGAAGGUUUAAGAUCUGCAAUGUGCACUCCAAGGGCCAAGUUCUUUGAAGCCUUGCUAAGUCUAAUCCUGGGUUGACUGUGAGUUG